AUGCCCGGAAUUCUUCCCAUGAAGGUCAUCAAGGUGGGCACCAGCUCUCAGAGCCGGAUUGCCCAGGCUUGUGAUCGCUGCAGAAGUAAAAAGAUCCGCUGUGACGGAAUCCGCCCAACAUGCUCUCAGUGCGCCAAUGUCGGCUUUGAAUGUCGAACAAGUGACAAGCUCAGCCGCCGCGCAUUCCCUCGUGGCUAUACCGAAUCUCUGGAGGAACGUGUGCGACAACUAGAGAGCGAAGUGCGAGAACUCAAGGAUUUAUUAGAUGAGAAGGACGAAAAGAUCGAUAUGCUUUCCCAGAUCCACGGCAACCGACGAAGCCCGUCAAUGCCCAUGAGCAGCCCGGCCGCAAUCGAGUCCCGGAAUGAAACUCAGGCCCCUAAAGAGGAUACUUUCCGUGUACAAGCUGCGCCGCUAUUACUUGGAGUUGAGAAUUCUGAUUCUUACUUUAUGGGCGCGUCAAGUGGCCGAGCAUUCAUUGAUACUUUCAAGCGCAAGAUUCAAGAAACCGGCAAACCCAGCGCCGAUUUUAACCCAGAGGCUUUCUUACAUAUCCAGGGCUGCAAAUCGCUCGGCUCCAAGUCCCCCGAGCAAUCCUUAAGAGUCCCUCCUCGCCUGUUCUCUGAUCGCUGCGUCAACGUUUACUUCCAAGAGUGGGCGCCUCUCUUCCCCAUCCUCCACAAGCCCACUUUCCUCCAUGUCUACGAGGAAUUUGUUGCCGACCCCGAGAAGAUCAAGAGCAACCACAAACUAGCACAACUUUACCUCGUCUUCAAUAUUGCUGGCCUCUCAUCUGACAACCCCGACCUCCCUCAACUUGCCGGUUGCGAGCAGCAAUGGCAAACCGCCCUCGACUCCAUUCUUAUGGAGAACACCAUGAACACUCUCCAAUGCCUUGCUCUUUCCCUUCUCUACUGCACCAUGCGCGCCGACUACAAGCGGCUUCAACACUACAAGGGUGUUGCUAUCAGCCUGUCCCACCGUCUGGGCCUGCACCAGAGCCAGAAAAGGUUCUCCUUUGGACCUCUCACGAUCGAGACCCGCAAGAAGGUUUUCUGGACGCUUUACACUCUCGACUGCUUUUCUGCUGCUACUCUUGGUCUUCCCAAGCUGCUCAAGGAAGACGAUAUUCAGACUGAAUAUCCGUGCGAUACUGAUGAUGAAUACAUUACCGAGAAAGGCUUCCAACCCACCCUUCCUGGUGAAUAUACUCGUUUGUCAAAUGCUCUAGCUUUGUUCCGUGCGACUCGAAUUCUUGCUAAGGUCCUCGAAAAGAACUACCCGGCCGCAAGCUCCUACGAGAUUUCUCUGCAACAGAUGGGUGCUCUUGAGAGUGAGCUUGAUGACUGGUACAACCAGCUGCCUCCUCACCUCAGGCUCAGCUUUGUUCAAGAUAAGCCGUCCACUGAAAUGACUGGCAGCCGUUCACCUCUGCUGGCCCUGGCUUAUUAUUUCAUCCGCACCCUCAUCUACCGUCCCGCCGUCGGUUCCAGCCUUGGUCCCAAGGCAGCUUCGGCCCUGAUGUCAGUUGGGACGUCAAGCAAGCACAUUGUUCAGAUCAUCCAACUCCUUGAAGAACGUGGCAUGACUUUCUCAUUCUGCCUAAACAAAUCUGAUCUGCUAGUUGUUUGUGGUAUGACGCUGCUUUACCACUCAAUUGAUCUUAAGCAAGACAGUAAGGUGUUGCGCGAUGAUGAACGACUGGUGAACUCUGUGAUCAGCAUCCUGGACAAGACCGAGGCCUCUGUCUCGCUCGAUUUCAAGCGUGUGGCCAAUAUGCUUGUCACAGUCGACGAGUCCGCUGCCUCGCCAAUGCACAAUUCACAUGAAGCGUCGAUGCCCCCCGCGCCAAUCUCCAACCGAGGGUCGCCGCCAACCGGAAUGGUCUCCAAGUCCAAAUCCAAGUCUAGGAAGAAGGGCAGCGCAGCCUAUCCUUUCGGCCAUCUCCCGGCUGCUGCAGCUAGUGACAGCAACCUGAUCGAUCACCAGCGACGCAUGACGAUGCCGUGCGGCGUCGACCAAAAGUCCGAGUUCUACCGUGCCCGAGCACACCAGUCUUUUGAUAAUCUUCAGGGCGAAGUUCCUGUGGCUCAUCGAGGCCAUCGCAUGUCUAUGUCUCCCAAUCCUGACCGCAGGGGCUCUCCUUUGUCAAGGAACCUGGACUUCAUGCCAUUCGCCCACCACUCGCAGUCUCCGCAGCCGGCUUCUCCCCAGCAGAACACCAGCCGUGCACCCCAAGGGCACCACAUGAUGAUGAACUCGUCUAUGACAGCCGCCGCUAAGACGCAUGGCGUCUCAACAAACGAAUGGGAGACUCUUCUCGGGUCAUUAGACGGCGGCAUGAACAAUGUCUAUGAUGCGAUUUAUGGUGGACAGGGCCUUGUGAACGAGACCACGAUCGCCGUGAGUAACUGCGGUGACUGGCCUCCUGACAACUGGGAGCUUGGCAGUUUCAGUAUCAACGAGUUUGGAAACAACCCGCAGCCUCCCCAAAGCGUCCUUAGUAUGAGUGACGAGAGCCUUAGCUCGGGUGAGGAGGUUGGCCCCUCAGAACUUGGACUCAGUGUCGAGAGUGUCGAUUACCGCAACCAUAUGGUGCCUCAGCAGCACAACCAUGAAGGAUAUGUGAUGUCUGAUCGUAUGGACACAUACCCGGUCUUGUAA